UAUCCAGCACUGCCCCCAUCCCAGUAUGGUGGGGGGCAGGCAGAAGAGGAAAUGGGAAUAAGGGGGCUUUCCAAGCCUAAGCCAUUUCCCCGUUGCUCCCCCAGUUCUUCAGAGGGUUUGGUGGCAUUGCUUCCUGAAUCCACCCAUGUCCUUACCCCACCCCAGUCCAGCAGGGCCCCCACUCCCACCAGGCUGCCUACUCCAGCCACCCUCCUUGUCUCCGGCCCACCCUUGUUAGUUGCUGUUAAGUCAAUUUUGGCUCAUGCAACUCCCUUGGGGUUUUUAAGUCUGUAACUUUAUGGAAACAGAGGCCUGUUUUGGGGUACCUCCGAGUGGGUUGAGACAACUGGCCUUUCCAUUAAUAGUGGUGAACUAUUUGAGUCACCCCAGGUAUCUGGAUGCCCGCUCCGCCCCCGCAGUCAUGCUUCGCGUAAAUCAGGUGAUGCACUUGCUGGUGGGAGCUUUUUGCUUGGAUGCAACCCCAACUCCCUGCUGUGCCCAUGUAGCCCUGAGUGGCCUAGCCCCUGCCACCUUUGUGACCUCAUCCCCCCUUUCCAGCCACACUACCUGCCAAGUCCUGGCCACCCCAGGGCCUUUAUACCUCCUGCCUCUCCUGUCUGGAGUGCUCCUCUGAUGUCACCGCAGCACAGCCCCACCUGACUGAGGGCACCCACGCCCUUCCUCUUUGGUCCACCUUUGGGUCUCAUCGCACUCUGACGAGGUCCAUGGCCGAUUUUCUGAAAGGAUUGCCCGUCUACAACAAAAGCAAUUUUAGCCGAUUCCAUGCUGACUCUGUGUGCAAAGCUUCGAACCGACGCCCCUCAGUGUACCUGCCGACUCGGGAGUACCCAUCUGAGCAAAUCAUUGUGACCGAGAAGACCAAUAUCCUCCUGCGCUACUUGCAUCAGCAAUGGGACAAAAAGAACGCUGCCAAGAAGCGAGAUCAGGAGCAAGUGGACCUGGAGGGCGAGAGCUCAGCUCCCCCCCGCAAGAUCGCCCGGACCGACAGCCAGGACAUGCACGAGGACACUUAAGACUCUCACUGCCCUCCUCCAAGCCUCCUGUCGUGUCUGCCCUGCGUCGUGCAUCUGCGCCCGCCCUACCUGCCCGCCCGCCCACCCCACGCCGUCCACACUGCGCCCACUCUUCUAGGAGCUGAUGUAUUUAUUUUCCUCGAGUUUUUAUUUAUGUUGUAAAGUGUUCCCACCGAUGGUUAAAGAGGACUUCAGACCCUGUAGCGUGAUGUCGGUAGAUGCUUUUUAAACAAGACAAACCACAACUGUUAGCUGCCCCCUCCCUUCGCGUGCCCCCUCGCCCCAGUUCUCUUCCUCAUAAAUGAGAGUGUGGCCAGGAGGGUGGGGGCUGGGGGUUCCCUGUUUCCUGGCUCCCAGAGACACCCAAGCAGUAGCCUUACUGUCCCACCUACCCAUGCGCCAACAACCCAGGCCUUUAUGAUGCGUUCGCCCCAGCAUCCCAUGAGGAACUCCUCCAAGACCAGAGCAGGCCUCCCUCUGAGCCUGAGUUGGGGGGCAGAGCAGGCCUCCUGAACCUGAGUGGGGGGCCGAGGAGGCCCUGCUGGUAUGUUCUUCACACUCAUUUUAUCAUGGAGUAGUUCAUGCGCAGUGUCUACCCCAAUAAAAGGAUCUUUCCUGUUCAA